CCAGGGUUCAAUCGGAAUAGGAGAAAAAGGGAAAAGAUGAUGGGAAUCUCAAUCUUUGACCACCAUCAUCAUCUUGCUUGAGUGUGAUAGGCAAGAUGUCCAGUCAAGCAGAAGAAAAAGGACAGCAAGGCAUCCACGCUGAAACGACUUCUUUGCCUACUGCUCCACCUCCAAUAAAUGCGGAAAUCAUUCAAGGAAGAGAAGCAGCAAAAGAAGAUCCAAACCUUAAUCCAAGUCAACCUGAAGUCCCGACAGACGAACAAAAAGCACAAGCAAAAGAGAAUGCGUUGCUUGAUUCAGACGAUGAAGAUCAACCCAUCGAUCAUGGCUUGAAGCCUUGGUCAGAAGAUCCCAGAGCACGUAUUCCAGUCUUACAUGGUUUGCGAAAUGAGGAAAUUUGGCAAUUCGUGAGAAGAUUUAAUAAACAGGUUUAUCAUCUAAAGACGAUUCCCGAUAACGAAGUUCCUCAAGGCGGUAUCGAUCUUAAUAUCGCAGAUAAGGAUGAAUUCACACCCGAUAAGCUUCGAUCGACGUUGGAACGAAUUUAUAUGACAAUCGGUUUAAGUUUGGCAGGAUUCGUAAAACACAUUGCCAGAGUACGAUCAUGGAAGGAGACAAAGAGAACAGCUGCAUUCUUUGUUGGAUUUUUGAUCGUUUGGAUUUUGAAUAUUGUCAUGCCAGCGUUAUUUGCAUUUAUUGCCAUCUUGCUUGGCUCUCCAAAAGCAAGAUCGUUCAUGUUCCCUCAUGCUCCUUUAGCUGCCAUUUCUGCAAAGACAGGAGAAGCAAAAGUACCAACAGCCGGUCACCUUGGAAGCGAUAGCUUGACUGGCGCCGCAGAAAGUUAUAAAGGAGAAGCAGUAGAACAAGAAGCUUCUAAUGUGGUUGGAUCUGUGGCUCAUUUAGCAGUUAGUACAGCAAUCGGGAAUGAUUCAACCAAAGUGCAAAAUCAUGAUGUUCCAGACGAUGACGAUGAAAGUGAUCAAGACGACGGACAAGAAAAGACUGGCAUAGAUCCUGGUGCAACGGUCACUUUGUCCGGUAAAAAAGCGCAAAUCAAAGCAAGCGGUGGUAAACAAGCCGAUGCCAAACAAGAAGAUGCUUCAGCCGAUCCGGUAAAACAAUCAAUCUGGGUUACCACACAACCCAUCUUGCACGGUCUAGAGGACGCUGCUGAUACUUGGGAGCGAUUUGGAAAUGCCUUGGCGCCUACUUACCCGUUCCCACAACAUGGUCCUCGAUUACGCAUCGCAAGCAUAUUUGCACCUUUGGCUUUAUUGACGUAUUUUGUCUCUGUCAAUAUGGUGUAUCGUUCAUCUACUUUGCUAAUGGGAUUGGCAUUCUUUGGUCAACCGGUGUUUGAUCUAAUGAAAGUUUCCGAUCUCAAACAAUGGCUUGACAAGAAUAUCCCUGAUUGGCCACGUUAUCUUGAAUUACGCAAUAGCAUCCUCAAAGGUGUUCCAACCAACGCACAAAUCACGAUCACGCUAUUACGAAUUGGAGAAGCAAACAAGAGUCCCGUUCCACCUCCUCCACCAGCUGUCGUUGCACCUCCUCCAAGUGCAAAAGAAGGAAAAGAGAUUGAUAAAGCGUUACCGGAAGAAUACAAAGAAGAUAUCGAAAAGCAUCGCCAAGAGCUUGAGACAGAAGAUUCUACAACUAAAGGCGUUGAUGAUUCUGAUCAAAAGCCAACCAAAAGGGGAUCCAAGAUUCUGGCUUUGUUCAAAGGUGGUGUACGUGCAGGCGCAGAAACUGCAUUAGGAACAAACCGAGUAAAAGCAGAAGUUGGAUUUGAACGUGCAAAACAAAAAGUUGGCGUUGUGAACAAAGAGCCCGACGUUCUUGGUGAUGGACCGGCAAGCUUUCAUGGACGACAUCAUGGAAAACGUGGUUUGGUUUUGGUUAGUACGACUGCUACAACGCCUUGCGUUAGCUUUGAACGUGUUUGGCCAGCUCAUGCAAAAGCUGCUCAUGCUGCUUACAUUAAGGCAAAAGAAGUUCAAGAUAAGAAAGCCAGUAAAGGUGAAGGCGAGACAACAACGAACAACGAAGAAGGUGAAGAUGAACCAAAUGCAUUGAAGUUAUUACGUGAUGCAGCAGAAAAAGCAAGACCGGCUCCUCUUUUCAGCGUUCAAGUGGAAGAUAUCGUUUCGUUGAAAAAGAUUGGAGGUUUGGGAUGGAAAGGUAAAUUGGUUGUAGGAUGGGCAAUGGAUAGUCAAGUUACGGAUGGUUUAGAAAUACAAGAUAAAAAAGGAAAAACUUUCAUCGUUACUGCUCUGCCUAGAAGGGAUGAAUUGUUCAACCGAUUGGCAUCGAUGGGCAAAGAUCACAAGUGGGAAGCAUGGUAGAUAUAUAGAAACGCAAUCUUUAUCUUGAUCAGGCUUGGACAUUUUGCAGGAAAUGAUAUAAUAUUAGAGGAAGCGUGGACAGAAUAAGAUAGCAAGGGUAUAGAAUAGCGAGCGAUAAGAUAGUCAGUGAUUGUUCCUUCUCUGAACGCGAACACUGUAAGGGUUCUGUAUUGGGUGUGUUAAGC